CUCAGGCUUAAUUAUAAAGAACCCACAUAAAUGGCUGACUUAUCUGGAGUAUUACUAUUUGCCGUGACAUACUCCGCGGACUGAAGUUUUCCAAACGAUUAGAUAUCCGGAUCCAGGUUCCUAAAUCGGAAGGACGGCGACCCCACCUACAGACUUGACUGUUGAUUGAUGACUCCCAACUUCCAUGGGAAUUCUAUCGUGACUCUUCUGUCGGUGAGCAGAGCCAACUGCGGCUCGGUUCGACAACCAAGUCUCGGCGAAAUCGCUGCCAUAAGAAUAUGAUUAACUUCCCCCCCCCCAGAAGCUUGUUUACUGUCUCUAGAUAACACCCACCUACAACCAUGUAUCUUCCAUCCGGCCACGCAGAGUCCUCCAUCGAAGCUCUUUUUGCCCUGAUCAAGGAGAAUCCGCUCGGAGUUCUCACCACCGCCAUCCAAUCGCCGUCUUUCCCGUUGCUGCAGUCCAGCCAUAUCCCAUGGGUGCUGGACGUUUUCUCAACCGAUCCCGACACGCCCGUCAAGGGUCGUUUACGUGGACAUAUGGCCAAGCAGAAUCCGCAGGCAAAGGCCAUCAUUGAAGCCCUGACUGCUGCAGACUCUCAGUCAACGUCCCAGUUGCAGCAGGAUGUUAUGAUCCUGUUCACGGCCUCGUAUCAUCACUACGUGACGCCAAAGUUUUACACUGAGACUAAACCCGUCAGCGGCAAAGUCGUGCCCACCUGGAACUACGCCGCCGCACAGGUAUACGGCAAAGCUACGAUUUACUAUGACUCAUCAUCCUCUGAAACGUCCGAGUACCUAUCACAACAGGUCCAUGAUCUGUCUCGGAUGUGCGAGACCUCAAUCAUGGGAUACACGGGCCAGGACGAGAGACCGGGACCCUGGAAAGUGGCAGAUGCACCAGACCGGUAUGUUGAUAUCUUGAAGAAGAAUAUUAUCGGCAUCGAGAUAGCGAUUGAGAACAUCGGCGGCAAGUUCAAGAUGAGCCAGGAGAUGGGUGUCGGUGACCGCAACGGCGUUAUUGAAGGGUUUAGCAACCUUGGAUCGGAUAUUGGCCAGAAAAUGUCUGCUGUAGUGAAGGAGCGAGGGGAGAUGAAAGAUGCUGCCAAGAUGGCAUGGAAACAGAAAUAGUACCAGGUACAGGU